GAGGGGGUAUGACAGAGAGAGAGAGAGAGAGAGAGAGAGAGAGCGAGAGAGAGAGAGAGAGGCAUGCUAUUGGUAAAGCCCUCUCUGAUUGUCAGUUGUGUGAUAGACACACAGCCUCUCUGCUUCUGCUCACUAAGGGAAUAGCAAUGCCAAGUGACAGCUCCCCCAGAAGCCAGCUGGAUUUAAAUCCACUGUAGAUACAGUACACGCUUCAGACAAGGAGAGACACACGCUGGGAUAGCAGAGGAAGCAACACAGUGCGAAAUACAUCGCAGAGCUUGAAGGACAGCAAGGUGAUGGAAGCCCUCGUUUUCUAAUCUCUUAUUUCUUUUCCUCGAUAUUUCACGAUGGAACUAAGACAAUAUUUGGGGGUCACCUCUACACGAAUGCUAUUUAAUCUUUAAUUUGAUUAUGCAGAGCGGGGAAUUUUCCAUAUUGCUUUAAUAUUGGAUUAUUAACUGACUGUUAUUUUUUUUUCAUUGUGGUCAACUUGAUUAGAACCAGUUUGAAAGUAAUACCUUUUUGAUAUUUCUUUCUCCUGUUGUGUGAACUUAUCAGCUGGUAGAGAAGUCAGUAUUGCUGGGGUGUGUGCGAUCCCGAAACCUGCUUUUCUUGUAGGAUAUAAACCACUGUAGGAUUGAAGGAUUGUGGCUAUCUCUGAAUAUUUUGAAAUAUUUUUUUUGUGAGUGUGUUAAGUUAUUUCAAAACGCAAACGCCUGCUGUAUUUUCGGCACCAUUUUGGAAUUUCGUUUUUUGAUGGGUUAGGGGGCGUAGAAGCGAUUGGUUCCAAACAUGGCGGCAUUAGCGAGCUCCCUCAUUCGGCAGAAGCGUGAGGUCAAAGACGCUCCGGCAAACAGACCCAUCGCCACGAAGAGGAAAGCGUGCUCUCGAACCAAAAAGUCUCUGUGCCAGAAACAGAUUCUCAUUCUCAUCUCCAAAGUGAGGCUGUGUGGUGGAAGAAGAGGGAGGAUAGAGAAAAGACCAGAGCCCCAGCUGAAGGGCAUCGUCUCCAGGCUGCACUGUCAGCCCGGCUUCUAUCUGCAGAUGAAUCUGGACGGUUCGAUGGACGGGACCCGUGAUGAGGGCAGCUCCUCCUCUCUGUUUAACCUCAUUCCUGUCGGGUUGCGCAUUGUGGCUAUCCAAGGCACCAAGACUGGACUCUACAUCGGCAUGAACAGUGAAGGCUACCUCUACACCUCAGAACACUUCACCCCGGAGUGCAAGUUCAAAGAGGGUGUGUUUGAGAAUUACUACGUGACCUACUCCUCCAUCCUUUACCGGCAGAGAGAGUCAGGCAGGGCCUGGUACAUCGGGAUCAACCGCCAGGGUCAAGUGAUGAAGGGCAAUCGAGUCAAGAAGACCAAAGCAGCCGCCCACUUCCUGCCUAAACUCAUUGAAGUGGCGAUGUACCACGAGCCUUCUCUGCAUGAGCUGGCUGAGCAGAGCCCCCCGAGAAAGACAGCCAAGACCACAGACUCCCCGGCGCUGCAGAACGGACGCAAGGAGCCAGCCAAGAGCAAGGGCUCAUAGCAAGGGGGGGG